AAUUGAGCAUUGCCUCAACCCCUCUAGGCUGGCAAUGCGAUCUGGCGCGUUGUAGCGGCGAACUGUGGCUGUCUGUUCAUUUCGUGUUGGACUGCGAUCGACGUACAUAGAUUGCAUUUGCGAAAUGGAGAAACGGAUAGAGCUGGAGAAAAGAGGCAGAAAGGCGGAGGACAUAACAGAACUCACGUUAGACGACUGCCGAGCCACCUGUAUUGAAGGUCUGACCACCGAAUUCAAAAAUCUGGAAUCUUUGUCUUUAAUCAAUAGUGGUCUAACCACUCUAAAGGGUUUUCCGGCUUUGCCUAAUUUGCUUAAACUCGAGUUGAGUGACAAUCGAAUAUCAUCGGGAUUAGAACAUUUGAAAGGCUGUCCCAAACUUUCACAUCUUAAUUUAUCUGGAAACAAACUUGAAGAGAUUGAAACACUAGAACCGCUAAAGCACCUCCAAAAUCUCCAAAACCUUGACGUGUUUAACUGCAAAGUGACCACUGUUGAGGAAUAUAGAACGAAGGUUUUCAACUUGUUACCUCAAUUAAAAUAUCUAGAUGGAUAUGACAGGGAUGAUGAGGAAUAUGAAGAAGAGGGAGCAGACGAAGAUGAAGAGGAAGACGAUGAUGAAGAAGCUGAGGAUGUCGAAGAUGAAGAAGAAGUGGAAGAUGAAGAUGAUGAGGUUGGAUUGGAAUAUCUUACGAAAGAUGGAAUAGAGCAGGAUAGUGAAGGUGAAGAAUUCGAAGUAAACCCCGAAGCCGAGGAUGAAGAGGAUGAGUCUGAGGAAGAAGAAGAGCCAAGGGGGGUUAAGCGAAAGUACGAGGACGAUGAAGAAAAUGUGUGA